GCUGAGGAGUUGAACAAUAUUGUCGGUGAAGCGUUUCGUGUUGCCUAUGCGCAACAGCGACUGGCUAUGCUUAGCGAGCAAAUGAGAAAAGCUGCCUUAUCACCUUCGAAAACAAGUGCAGUGACAUGCAAUGCUCCACAAGGUGAAAAGUUCACAUCCUCUCGAACGGCUGCCGCUAGUCAAGAAGCCGUGACCCCGGUGAUGCAGUCGGCUGAGCUUACAAACGGCUCAGAUGCUAACGUGACUAGAGCCAAACAUUCCAGGAGAGAAGAGCGCGUAACCUCAGCAUUGUUAUGCCGGUUUCCCUACGAAACUCGUGCAAUACGACGUAGACGGUGUUCGAUCAAUGACAAUCUACUUAUCUCUUGUUUCCAUGAUGGUGAAGUCUCUGCACUGGAGAGCAAGACUGGUCCAACUGCUGCAGCAUUUACUCGACCAGUCAUGAGGCGUCUGCUCAUCUUUGACGCCUAG